AGCCACACGGUUCGACGUCGCCACCGAUGCUCUCUAGUCGUGUGUUGUAGACGGUCGCGCUCUUCGCUUCAGUUUGUUUGAACAUCAUCAUCAUCUAAGGCCACCUCGGAGACCUGCUGCUCAGCACCAUCAUAGAAGCGCAUCAGAGGAAGAACAAAAAGUGUUGGGGCAAGCCAGGAGCAAGAUAACCUAGCUUUUUUCGUUGCUUGCUUGCGCUGCAUCCCGUAAACUCCACAUGUGCGGAGUGUGUGUGUGAGUCUGUGUGGCGGGUUCUGCCAACCACCGGAGGAAAAAGUGGAGUAAAAUGUGAAACCGAAACGAAGUUACCGAGUAUAGUUACAAAUAUUACCCAGUGCGAGUGAAAAUCCUGACAGGCAGACGUGUGUACAUGAGUGAGCAAAACCUGAAUACUUGUACGUAUCCUGCCCUUUGAUAGAAGAAGAAGAAGAAGUAGAAAAACGGAGCAAAUCUUUGCUCUUCCAUACAUAUUAAUCUAGUAUAGAUAAUUGAUAGUUUUUAAAGUGAACGUAAACAGAGGCAUUCGAAGAGUGAAGAGUGUGUGUGAACGUGAGAGCUAAGCCCACCCCCCCACUGUUUGGUUAGUGAAUAUAGUCGGAAAACGGGAACACCGCAUUCCACUUUGGGUGGCGUGAAGGAAAACGAAAUGGGAAACCCAUGAUUGUGAUUACGGUGAUGCAGGGACAUCCGCCGAUCCCGGUUGUAAUAUUGCAGAAAGGAUUUCCCGACGGAUUCCGCUAAUAUUGAGGAUUACCUGCCGCAGAAAGCAAACAAACGCUAUCCAUCGUGUCAGCGGAAAUACACGGGAGCCGACGGAACGAGUACAAUCCCCCGGCCAUCAUCACAAACUGGUCAGCAAAGCAGCGGGAAAAUGUCAUUUCGAGAACGUAAAAUGGAGCAUAAAAUCAAACCCGAGAUCAAAUCAAAUUUAGGCACGUGUGAAUAAGUGCGUGGGUGCACCGACGAACGAUUGGUACAGAUGCAGAUGUAAAUCCAGCAAUUGGAAUAAUUCCCCGCCCAAAACGGUGGCAAGCGUUUCCCGUUCGGGGUAGCACGGAAAUCAGUGAGAGUGUAAAACCAAACCGAAGGACAAUUGAAACGUAAAGUCUCGAUUAUUUUGUGCUCGUUCACGAAAGUGACAAUAUAAUGUGCUUACUGGUUUGAAAAUCGUGUGAUCGGAGAAGGAACUAGAAACCGGGCGGUGACAGAAACAGAAAGAAACAUUCCUCAAAGUCAAGUCGGGUCGGAGUGUGUACUGUGUGCGUGUGUGUGUGCGCGCGCUAACGUGCAAAACGAAAUUUGAGUCCCACCAGAAGAAGAGGAAGAAGAAGAAAACAAUAAACUGACAACCAAUAAACGAACAAACCUCUAAGCGAAAAAUGUGCUGUUAAAUUAAGCAAUCCUCUCGAUGAACGGCGAGCGCUGUCGAAGGGUCUCCAACCCCCGUCAAACCCACUGAAGGUGAAAAUGUAGCGACACGGACUCAGCCGAAUUAUUUCACUGACUCACGAAGAAAACAGAAGCGCUGACUUCGAGGCGUGUUUGCAAAAGUUGUUCGAAGGUUGUGCUCAAUUUUACUCUCGGUUUAUUCUUUCCUCUCGGCGUUUAAAGUUUCUACAGUGUUUUCUUCGGUGCCGUGUUUGUGUAAAAAGUUGACAAAAUAAUACACAUAAGAAAAGAAAAAGAGAAAAAAUGUUACAUAGUUGUUAUUCGGUAGCUGUAGUGUGAAAUAACAAAAAAUAUUUUCUAUCAAAUUUUUACUUCCUAUUUGUACUUUGCCGAACACUCAAGUCUCGAGCGGUUGUGAACAAUACAAAUGAAUCUCAAUCACUCUCAACUGUAGCAAACAGAAAAAAAAGUUUAAAGACAAACAACACACAUACACAUACACGUAAAACAUAUUACCGUCCUCUUAAAAUAAUGUUUUAAUGGUAGCGAAGCAGCAGAACAGGCACAAACGGAGGCUAAGGAAAAACAUAUACGUACUGACAGUGAGAGAGAGAGAGAAACGAAAAAAAUAAUAAAUAAAAUAACACAACAUACAAUCAUACAAAUGUGCCAAAUUCGAAGCGAGUCGCGCCGAAGCCGGAGCGGCCGAAGAAGCGCACCGACCAGCGGCUGCCAAGAAAUAUGAGCCCCAACGACCAGCGGCGACCGGCGACAGGCGGAGACGUGAUUAAUCUUAUUAAUAACCGGUACAGCGGUAAUAUUUAUUAAAUAAUCGCCAUCAUCAGUAGUAAUUUUUCCGCUGGAAAAAAAAAAACAGUGGAAAGGUGGCGAGCGAGCGAGAGUGAGACGAGUGGAAAAUUAAUUGGAUAAACAGCAUCCAGCGACCCUUGUACUCUGCAUAAGGACUGGGGCUGGACUUGCUCGUAGGGAACACAAAAGCGCCCGAAACAAACACAACGCGUUAUCCUCCGAUAAAUAUUAAUUUUUCCCCAGUUCCACUCGGUUGGUCGGUUGCGAGCUAACUUAGAUCACGGACGGAGCUUCACAUCCUUCCCGUAUCAAGGGAUGAAAAUUAUAGAUUAGCAGGAUUACCUCGAUGAUAAGUGGUCCUCUAAUGGCGUAACAUGAUGAAAACAGCGCUAAUGAAAACAAUUACUAGCCAUACGAACCCUCACCGAUAAGGGCAACAGUGGAAUAUUUCCGCAUCGGAAAAAAACACCGAUUGUUGGCAAAACAAAAUGCCAAAAUGUAUCCAUCGAAUAAACCCAUCUGAUAAGACGUUGUUUCUUCUAGUGCAGGUGUUGUAGUAGUGUGGGUGUGUGAGGGCUCUAUAUUGGUGCGAAACUGUGUACUGUGUGAAUCGUGAUUGCGCACUUGUAAUAAUAGAAGAUCAAGCGUUUGCGACGCGAAACGUCAGCCUGAACUGAAAAAUCGGUGAAAAGAUCUUUUCUGAGAGCGAGUUGACCUCGCAUAUACCGUGGAAGGUCGCAUCGCUUCACCUUGGAUCCCGGGUCGCAACGUAUCGUCCUUGGGCAGCAAAAUGGCCGCUGUGAACUCGGUACAGAACAGCAUCCGCCUGCCGCUGGCCGGUUUGGCCCCUCCCCGUGUACUGAUGUGCAGUGCUUCAAUGGGAGCCGAGGGAUCCGUCACACUCCAGCUGCGCGAAGCGGUCCAGGCACCGGAUGCCGGCACUUCGCUCGAGCAUAAUGGUCUCACAAUCGGCUACCCGGACCCGGAGAUGCUGGCCGAUAUGCUCGGGUCGUUUCAGAGUGCUUCGGCCGGAGCGGCCGGACUGGAGCAGUGCAGCAGCAGCAGCAACGCAACCACCACUUUCGAUCUCAUCCAGGACAGCAGCAGUAGCAACUGCAGCAACAGCCGACAGUCUGGGCAGGACCCGGUGGAACAGCAGUUUGCCAGUGCCCUGCUGACCAAGGCGUCAUCACCCGCUGGAAGCACUACCGGUACCGUGAGCGGCGGAACCAACAGCAGCUUGGCGCUGAGUGGCAUCAAGAGUGAAAUUGCGCCCAAAUCCGACAAACUGAACGGCUGUGGCAGUAUACCCACAACGGUCUCAUUGGUGGCCUCCGGAUCCUCCGCAUCCUUCUCCCCGAGCAGUAGUAAUAGUAGCAGCAACAGCAGCAGCAACAGCGGAAGCCUCAGCUCCAGUUCGCUGGUGACGGUCAAAAGCGCCUCAGCCGUUAUAGCGGCGGCGGCUGCAGCAGCUGCAGCCGCUGCCAACAGUGCCAACAAUCUUACGAACAGUACAACAUCCGCGACCAUCGGCAGCAAUGGCUUCGGAGGACAUAGCAGCAGAAGUGAUAGCACCAGCAGUUGCAGUAGCAGUAGCAGCAGUAGCAACAGUAGUAACAGUAGCAAUAGCAGCGCCUGCAGCAGUGGAAGCGGGUCAUCCAGGACUGUGAUCACGAUAAACGGAUUGCCGACGGUAGUCAAAAAGCCACGGCCCAAAACCGCGUCGCCAACGAGACAUGGACCCCAGCAGUGUCAGGUUUGCAGCAAAGUCUUCGGGAAUGCAUCCGCCCUGGCCAAGCACAAGCUGACACACAGCGACGAGCGGAAGUAUGUCUGUGGAAUGUGCUCGAAAGCAUUCAAAAGACAGGACCAUCUCAAUGGCCACAUGCUGACACAUCGGAACAAGAAGCCGUACGAGUGUAAGGCCGAGGGUUGCGGCAAGUCGUACUGCGAUGCACGCUCGCUCCGGCGCCACACCGAGAACCACCACAGCGCCCUGGGUUUGUCCGGCACUACAACGCCCACUCCGAUGGCGGCUCCCAGUCCCGGUCCGGUGACGGCAACGAUGACGACGACGGCGGCCACCACCAUGAUGAACAGCAACACCACCGGCCCACUCAGUGGGCUCAGCCUCUCGCCGGCGACCGCCAGCGGUGACGCAAGUUCUCCACACGGUGCCACCUGCAGCAUCCAGUUCACGUCCGCAACGCAUGGCUCGGGCAUUUCUAGCAACUCGAACAGCUCCAGCAGUUCCAGCAGCAACCACUCCAAUAGCAACCACAUUAGCAACGGAAACCCUAGCGACUCUAGUAUUUAUUCCAAAUCCCCUUCGCCAAGCUCUCCCGGUGGAACCGGAAACGAAGGCCUCACCCGGCAACAGUUGGAUCUGAUCACACAAAUAAUGCAGCAGACGAAGCAAGCGAAUGCAGCGGCGGCCGCGGCCGCUUCCGCCGGCCAGAAGAUUCCUCCACGACCGAGAACUUGGAAUAUGCAGCUCCAGCUGACUCAGAACAAAGUGACCAACAACACAGUUUCCAGUGCAGCAACGGCAUCCUCGUCCACCAAUUCCCAAAGCCGAAGUGGUGGAGUAGCCCGGUCAAUAUCCAGUAAUGGGGCAACAGAAGCGUCGAAUUCCACCUCGAAUACAACCUCCGCGGCCGCCAGCACCACCACCACCACCACAACCACCAGAUCGAGGCAAUCAUCAAAAUCGGGCCGAAAUGCGGCCAAUGCCGAAAACCAGAAACCGGUUAAUUGUAAUUUGUGUUAUAGAAAGUUCAAGAACAUCCCCGCCCUAAACGGACACAUGCGUCUCCACGGGGGGUUCUUUAAGAAGGAAGAUACGAAGAAAAGUGAUAAGAAGGAACACACCGGGCCACCAUUGCAGACCGCCAGUAUCGGAGUGCGCGCCCUGAUCGAGGAAAAAAUCAUCAACAAACGGAGCAAGGAUCUGAAGAAUCUGUUGUUGAAGGGUUCGUUCGUGGUACCGGCUCCCCCGCUGACCGCUCGACGCCUGUUGGAGGCCAGUGAGGCGCUUCUUUCGCCCAAACCAGGAACGGUAGCCAUCGUUUCAUCGCAGAACGGAACGACACAAAUCAUCAACCCGAAGGCAACCAUUAUGGCCAACGCCGGGGGUACUCUCACCACAUCUGGCGGGGCUAACGAAGUUAAAGACGCCACUUUGAUUGAACUGCUGAAGCGAGGCACCAAAGUGGCAGUGAAGCGUGCCUGCUCUGAUCCUGCUCAAUUAACGGUUACUACUCAAUCGGUUGCAACGGCGGCUACCACGCGCACUGUAGUGCUAAGCAGUGCACCGUCCACUCCGGGGUCUACGCCACCUCUCACACUGUCCAUUCCGAAUAGCUUGACGACGACUACGACUACAACAGCGACCGGAAACUCCACGGCCAACACCGACACUACCCCUCUCUCACUCACAAUAUCACAAGCGCCUUCUGCCAGUGCGGACGUGUUCACUCUAGCCUACUCAACUGAUGCCACCGGCGCUGCUGCCUUCUUUAGUGAUAACGAUGUGUACAGUGUUAGCGAUACGACCAUGCUAUUGCAGGCCGUCGACUCGAUUCAGUUGCUCCAGGAUUCUUCCUCCACCGAGCAGCUGGAUGAAAUAGCAUCUCUUUCGGACUACACUGCUAUCAACGAGCAGAAUUUUACCCCCUCGAGACAGCUGCAAGCCGUUCUGGACUCGCCACUGCCGGAAAGUUUGGCCGAAUUCAGUGCUCUUCAUUCCAAAGACAUUGUACUCUACGGUGGUACCGCCAACAGUAGUGAUCCCUCAACGAGUCAAGCCUCCAACUCUCCUCUCCCAUCACCACUAUCGUACCCAACGCCACCAGCAUCCCUCGAGCCUGUGGCACAAGCAUCGCCAUUCCUAGACGACUCUCGACACUUUUCCGAUGCAAGCUCAUUCUUCGACGACAAGCGUACCUCCUCCGCGAACUUUCUCGAUGAUGGCUUCUUCAAAACAGACCCCAAAGAUGUUAAGCUUACCGAUGAGAAGAUCCUUGCCCUCAAAAAUGAACUGCUUGACGAGAAUCACGAUCUCUUCCGCAGCAAUAAGAACAUUCUAGACGACCACUGUCAUGAGUUGUUUAAAAGCGAGGACAGCUUUUUUGUGGAAGAAUCCUCCGUCCACAAAUCAUCUGACCCAUCGUCCGCCUCUGUCACAAGAUCGGACGAGGUGGACUCGACUUCCAAGAUCAAUUUGGACUUCCUCGAUGAUGCCCAGGCGUUCUUCUCCACUACCAUGUCUAGCGCAGAAGAGGUAAAAGAAGCCCUAGAUGAGGUUCUUCCGGGCGACGAAGAUGUCGUAAUCGCCGAGACUGACAUCGACCUGUACUACCUGAAUGGAUUGUCGUCGCUACAGUCACAAAUGAUGCCAAAUUCGGAUGAUCCGUUGCUUUCCUCUUCCCCAAAAGAUUUCGCCCACCGACAGCAUCAAAAGUUCUUGUUCGAACAGCAGCAGCAGCAGCAGCAACAACAACAACAGCAAAGUCAUCAAUCAUCGCAACAGUCGCACAGCGCCAACAACAACGGCACAUUCUCGCCACCAAGUGCCAAAAAGCUCAAAACUGAUUCGGAUGCUUCGGCAUCGCCGACAGUAAGUGAUAUGAAUAAAAUUCCACUAACCGUACAAACCGAGCAAAUUCCAAAAGACAACCAAAGCGGUGACUCCGUGUUUCUCAGUCCGAGCAGUAUCUCUUCCACCAGUAGCAGCGGCAGCAGUAGCUCCCCAAAGCUGCAGCACGCACUGCUACGGAAACGGUCCUCAUUGCUGCCGACCGUUCCGAUCCGAAAGUCACCGAUCUUUCACUCCAAGCUGCGGAAAUCUACAUCCACAGUUCCCGUUACACAUUACACUCCACAGCCGAUGCUGAAUCCGGAUCGGGUGGCACCCGGCAUUUACUCCAUGAUCGCAUCCACCUUGGCGAGCCAAUCUAGCUCCGCAUCCGAUUCCACCGUAGAUGACACGUCGGAUAUCUUCAGUGAACCACCACUUCCGAUUCGACCGCGAAUCAAUCUUGGAUACGAUUACCAAGCGAUCAUUCCUGAGUGCAAUCGACCCAGUUAUCACAAUUCCAAUCAACUGUUGGAUCAACAGUUCUGGGAUCCGAUAAUCUCCCAAAAUGACAGCCAGAUCACACGCUUCGUCGAACUCUCCCGUUCGUCGGCCGUUCCUUUGGGAUGUCACUCAGAGGAGAACGCUUUGAAAUUCCUCCUCGAAGCCCAAGGUGAAGUUCACAUUGCUAUCCUGAACUUGCUACAAACUCCACCCACUAGCAUUCAUCGUCGGUGGACACCCACCGAAAUGGAACAGUUCAUUCGUGGGCUUGAACUGUACGGAAAAGACUUCUUCCGAAUAACUACCGAGUUGCUGCCGGGAAAAUGCUCCAGUGACUGCGUCCAGCUGUACUAUUUCUGGAAAAAGCUGUGCGUAGAUUAUAAAACGACCCACCUCCUGCAACAUGGUGACAACUCGUUGAAAUUCAUCAACCUGAACGCGAACACGGAUGAUCUGCUGGUGGAUCACAUGGGAUACACAAGCAGUAAGAUCAAACUCGGCCAGCAGUCGAACUCUGCCAAUGGUGGCGGCAGCGAUGUAAGGCCGCACGUUUGUGAGGUUCCCGACUGUUCAGCGAGCUUCUCCUCGAAGGCCGCCCUGCAUGGUCACAUCCGCAUCCACUGUAUCGGGCGUUCCACGACGCACCUCAACGGCACUAUUCAAAAUGGUAAUUUCUUGAAUACUACCGCCGUUGGUAACCCUAUUAACCCUAACCACAUACCGACAAAGGAUGAUUAUCCCUGCAAGGUGUGCGGCAAGGUAUUUAAUAAGGUAAAAAGCCGUAGCGCUCACAUGAAGUCUCAUAGGCCACAAGAUGCAAGUGACCAGUUACAGCAUCAGCUGCAAUUGCAUCAACAGCAGCUUCAAAAGCAACAACAACAACAACAACAACAACAACAAUAAUAAUAAUAAUAACGAAGCUCAACGUAAACAAAAGCCAAGCUGACAGCCGCCCAAGGCUGUUGCAAGUGUCAAAAGCGAUAUAAAAGACAAAGUGUAAAAUUCUGAGACAAUCUUCAACAGUAUGCUAUAAGACACUAGUGUUGUAACAAACCAACCGAAUACCACCUCGAAUAGUAAUCAAGAAACUUUUUACGGAUAAACAAAACAAACCUGAGAAAAUCAAUGUAACGGAGGUUGUUCAAGCAAAUAACACGUGAAAUAUCCCACAGAAGAACAAAACUAAUACAACACGAAUCAAACGCCGAAAGUUGAUAGAUACUCAAAAAGCACAUACACACACACUCACACUCUCACACAGAUACGAAAACUCAUGAAUAGAGAAAAAGAGAACCCGUGAAUGCAAAAUGUCAAAUUAUAACAGCAUCCAUAUACACAAAUACAUACACACUUUAAGGUAAAACUUCCACUUAAUAUUAUGUAUUGAAAUAUCCACUAUAAUGUAUAAGCUAGAGCAAAAAAAAGAGAAAACUGUUUUUGUAUACUUUUUGUUGUUGAACUUUCUACACUUCGAAAACGUAACUUGUAUAUACAGCAGAAUAAAAGAGAGAAAAAGAAAGAGAAAAAAAUACAAUUGUUAAACAGAAAGUCUUGUAUUCUUUUUAAACUAUUUUAGCGAGACAAAGUAAAACAGUCGAUAUAAAAUCAAAACAAAAAAAAAUGAAACAAAAUCACUGGGCGUGGCCUUUUUGUAGAAUUUGAUAUUUAAGAGAGAUAAAAACAUACAUACAAACAGAAACAGAAAGAGAUAGAAAUGUUUAUCCAAGCUGUCAAAAUGUCACUCCAUACAAAAAUGUAGACACGCCCCAGAAACUCCUUUCUACUUGCAGAUACGAAUAUUCAUGAUAAUGGAAUCAUAGAACGAUGAAAGCCAAGUCUGCUUGUUCUUCUUUUCUCUCAACACUAUUAAACUCCAUAGAUGACUUUUUAUCGUUCCAGUAUUGUGUAGGAAAACCAGGAGCGAACCAGAAGGAAAGCAUCCGAGUUGAAACUAAUUCCACUCUUUCAAAGUAGAAAAAUUUCGUACUGGAACAAAAAGAAAGGAAAACCUAAUUCAUAUGACAUUCUUUUGAUCGAGAUGAAAGUAAUGGAAAACACAUAUACAGACUCUCUCUCUCUCUCACACACACCCAACUUAGGAUAAUGUUUAAACCUUACUCAAAGAUAAAUGACGAAGAAGAAAACAAAACAUGGUUGUACCUAGAACUUAAGUGUUAAUUGAUGUCCCUAAUUCUAUAUAUACAUAUAUAUUAUUACGAAAAGGAACCUACAAAGAAAAAAAAUCACAGAGGCAAACGAAAGAAAGAAGAAAGAAAUUGAAACAAAAAGUAUAUAUUAUUAUAUAUUUAUUAUUAGCAACGUUAUAUUAUGUGGAACGGAACUGUUAGCGCCGGGCAAACAAGUGAACAACUCAAAGAUAAUGUUUUACACUAAGAGUAAGUGGAAGCAAGUGACACAGAUGGGAAGAAAAAAAUAGUAAAAAAAAGGCUUGCUUCUGUGAAGAGAUUGGUAGAAGUCGACUAAAGGCUUGCCAUUCGCCUAUCCGAGUGACGAUAAAAAACAAACAUCAGAGCUACAAACACUCCUGCUUUCCGUUUUCAAUUAUUUUCUGGAAACAUCGAUGGAGAAUCGCAAAAUUAUACACAAAUCAGCUCAAAUAAACUCGAGAGAAAAAAAUGGCAAUAACUCGCUCACUCAAAUCGAAAUAAUUAUACUCCCUUUCUAUGAUUAUUAGAAGAAAACAAAAAUGUUUAGGAAAAAAACAAUAAAUAUAUUUUGAGAAUAGUUUAUUCUUUAAACUAAACUACAAAUGUAGCAAACAGUGCGUAAAGAAAACAAAGAAAAGGGAGCGUCUAUAGCGCAACUAUGCGAAAAAUUGAGUCUAGCUUUUCUAUUGAUUGUGAUAUUAGUUCAUUUUUUAUUAAAAUCGAAGAGUGAAACUUUGACAGCAUCGCACGCACCCAUUGACAAUUGGAAGGAAACAUAUGCUCAACUUUAUUUACCUGUUACUGUUGCAAUUUGCCACUACUUUAGUCAGUCUGAAACGGGGCGCUGAAAAAAAUGCGCUCCACCUACGAUGAGUGAAAUUAUUUGUAGUGACUAGAGACAAAAUAAAUUCUAUCGGUACCUCUGGGGAAUGUCGCUGUCAGUGAGCGGUGCCAGUUUGCUAUAGAAUGGUGGGAGUGCACUAAAUUUUUGAUGAAUUCCAUGUCAUACGAACGAUUAUUAAUAAACCCGCCGUUUUUCGCGCAUAUUUUAAAGCAAAUUGUCACAGCUAUUGGAUAUGCACCAUUCCAGUGCAUCCCAGGGUGUCACCAGCAGUCGCUAUACUCUGCGUUGUGAUUUAUUCUAUAUUGAAACGUUUAAAAAACAUAACCAAAAAUCAAUCUGAAUCAAAACUCUCACUCGUCCAUGUCAUCCACCUGCAGAAAAGAAUUCAAACUAAUCUAGGCUCAAACAGCACACACUUACUUGUAAAGCAUAAUAAUCGUAGAAUAAUCUACUUUAAUUGGAACCCAAUACUCAAACGAGUAAGGAAAGAUAAAACUAUUAGAGAAGAAAAAACAGAUCAGUUGCAAACAAACUGUGGCCUAAAAUCGAUCGAAUCAUCCGUUGAACUAUUCUUUCCUCGCGUUAUACUGUGGUUUAUUUGGAGGGGCCGGCAAAAGGAGAGAAAAGGGAGAAACACGAAAAGUGAAUCAAAAUCAAACCCAAUUACCGAAAAACGGAAAUUACAAUGAAGAAAAAUAAGAUAAUAGUUGAAACAUAUCAGUUUUCUAGAAGCAAAAGUGUAUUUAAAACAAAAAAAAAGGUAAAAUUAACGAUUUGAAACGUAAAUUUUUUAUCGACGAACAGAAAGAAAGUGAGAGGGGAAGAGAUAGAAGUCAACGUAAUUUAAUAAUGAGUCAAGCUGUCACGAAACUAUGAAAAGUGUUGUACCUUAAAAUAAAACAAAACCAAGAAAGCUGCUUAGCUGCAGAUGUAAUUAAGUAAAGACUGUAUAGUUGCACCUUAUGGUUAAGGUUCAAGUGCACAGCGUGAAUGAAUGGGAAGGAGUGGAAAAGGAAACAAUAAAUGCCAAAUGCCAAAUUAGCUACAAGAGACAAGCGGACCGGCAACGAGAGUGUACGAAAAUCCACCAGAGAACGAUUGCUGCGUUCCAUGAGUGUAAAACUGAUGGUACGUCGAUUUGUAAGGAAACUCUAUAUCCUACUCAAAACAUUAACAGCUGUCAAACUUUGACAACACAUAAGACAAAUUCGCUCUCGGUGGUCGCGAAGGAGAGCGCAAAAUUGAAAAGUAAUAUUUUAUGACAAUCCUGAACCCGAAAACAGAUGAUUAUGAAAUAAGAAAACACACGAAAGCAGCAUGUUUUUUUGCAAUAUUUGUAAAUAACCUAUCUCUCACACAGAGAGAAAAAGGAAGAAGAAGAAGAAAAGCGAACGUGAAAGCAGUGCUGUCCUAUGCAACAGAAAAUCAAUGUGUCUUCAGGCUCAAUUCUCUCCUAACACUUUCAGCUGAACGAAGUAACACUGAAAAUGAAAACAACCAGCUUACUAUUUGUGUCCCAUUCGUGUUGUGACAUCUGCUGCCAAAUGCGUGACGGCUACCCGUCAAGCAUGUUGACGAUUUCGUUUACCUUUGCGUGAUACCUUUCUUUCUAGUCGAAGAGAAACGAAACAAUCGUACCGAAAGAGUGAGAUAAUCUACUACACCCAUACUCUCGCACACACCACACACAACUACACCCCCUCCCCUUUUCUUUGCGGGAACAAUGAAACAUAUGCCAAACAUGGUUUGUUUACCAUUAGAUAAGAACCGAAUUUGAGUACUUCAUAAGUAGGUAUUAGCGAAUUAGAGACAUUAGAUUUAGUCGACCUUGUUUACGUUUAGCGACAUAUUUUGCGUCUGUUGAGUGUUUUAUUUUUCAUUUUGUUUCUCGACUUCUAGAGUAUUUAUACGUUGACGUUUGAGACGGCUCAACGAAGUGUUCGAACAGUCCCUGAGUUCGUUGAUUUUUGUUGAUGAAACUGGUUUUCACUCAAAAAGCAAACAAAUAAGAAAUAACAAAGGUUAUAAUAUGUCACUAGUUAAAUUGUUGCAAGUUUUAUAAAAACUUGAUUUUAUUGUUUUGUUAUAAUUUUUAGAACGAACAGAGUCCGAAGCGUGACACUCUCAUCCUACGUCAAAUCGAAAUACUAGUUAAAUUUACUAGUUUUCCGCCGAACUUAUAUUUAAAGUGGAUUGUUAAUGGCUGACUAAGUUCUCCAUGGGCAAGUAAGACACGCAUAAUGUACACAUCGACUUUUUUUUCUGAAUCAAUAAGUGGUAAAACCUUCUUUGAGCCCACAUCACCGAACACACAAUGCCAUACAUUUCAUACUUUCUUGAUUGUUAAUCUUAAGUAAUCGUGAGUAAAGUAUAAUUAUACAGCAAGCCAAAGCGCAAAUUGCGCAUUAAUCAAUUAAAUUAUAAUAUAUUAUGUCAAACAUGCGCAACUGAAACAGUUAUAUUUGAGCCAAAAAACAAACAAACAAACAAAAAUGUGCAAGAAGAGAAUACAGAGAACGAAUGAGUGGUGGAAAGCACCACCGAGCGUGCACUGAGCAAAAGUGUAAGGAAAGCGAAUGAAAAUAAUGAUUCAAUGUUUUAACUGUUAGUUUAUAAAUGUGACUCUGGAAGAAAAUAAAAAAAAAACAAAAGAAACGAAUGCAAAAGUGAAUGCAUAAUUUAAGGUGUUACUACCGAUCAGAACGCAAGGGCAAGGCAAAAAAAUGUGCAAAAAUUGAGAUACCAAUGAAAUUUAAGGACACGCAUUCUGUGCAGAAAGUGUACGAUGUAGGAAUAAUUUUAACGAUGAUUGUUGAACUUCACCCAAGAUGAAGCUCUUUUCUGUUGACGAAAAAUAAACAUUUGAAAUUUACGUUGCGCUUUUAUUUGUUUUGGGUUGCUUGUUUAAUGACUGAAAACUUCCCAGAUUUUUUGUUCAAAAUUCAACUCAUCUUCUGCAUGUUUUUACGUUCUUUUUCAACUUAUCUCCUUCUUCUUCAUCUUAAAUGGCACUAACGUUCCUAGGAGAGCUACACCGUCUCAUCAUAGUAUUUUUUGUGUCCUUUUUAUUAACAACAGUUUGGCUGAAAAGUUUAUGAGGUAACACAGUAAAACAAUUUUUUUGCUAAAUUAAAUUUCAUUUUUCAAUAUAAUUGUCUUCGAGGGCGAUACAGCGAUUAUAGCGAUCUUGCAACUUUUCGACUCCAUUUUUAUAGUCUUUCGGUUUUUCCAAAAUAGGCCUCAGUUUCGGUAAUUACUUCUUCAUCGGUCUAAAAUUUCUUGCCAGCGAGCAUUCUCUUCAAGUAUGCGAACAUAAAAUAGUCGCUGGGGGCCACAUCUGUAGAAUACAGUGGAUGCGGAAGCGAUUCGAAGCCCAAUUUAAUGAUUUUUCCAUUUUUUUCACAAUAACAAAAGUUGCUUCACUCUCAAUACUGUAACUCACAAACCAAUCGACCGAUUGCUGUCAAAAGCUGACACGUAUCCAUCGAAAGAUGGUGCUUUGUGAUAGUCAAGUAGAUUUUGGCAAGAGGCGCCAUCUAGACGUCAACCUUAUGAACUUUUCAGCCGAACUGUUACUUAGUUGAGAUUUUUAAGAAUCUCCUAAAAUACAUUCUGAGUUGCAAGCUCUACAAUACCUAUGUACCAGUGCAGAUUGAAAGAACUUUCUCUGACGAUAAAUCUUCCGACCAGAAUGGGAAUCAAACCCAAACCCCCCGAAUGAUAAUGUGUGGCGCUAACCACUUCGGUCACGGGAGCUCUUUUUUACAUAUCGUGCUUUUUAACUUUUUUUACUUAUUUAUUUACUUUUUUUUCUCAAGAAUCCUCUGAACUGAAUUCUUUACAAAAUGGUGGCACAAUGUGAGGUUGUGCGUUAUCAUGAUGGAAUUUUGCUGACUGAUUUUUGUUUACCAGUAAUAAUACAUCGAGAGAACGACCUUUUUUCAAUGUUUCGAAAACAAAAUCAUCACGUUUAAAGUACAAGUUAUCGUUAAUGUUUUUUACCGGCUGGUACGAAGUGGUACGAUAAUCGCUUUAUUCGAAAGAAGAAAGGCCCAAGAGUUAUAUGCUAGUUAAUUAUUGACCCAAAAACUGGUUGCAAUAGCUUGAAAUUGCUUUGAAAAUAGACUACUGAAACCACACGAAUCUGUAUACUUUCUUUUCUGCGGCCGGACUAAACGGAGCCUCUGGCGAAAAAUGAAGUAUCGAUGAUAACUUUAUGGAUUCGAUAGCGGUGAAAUACGAAAUGAUUGAUGUGGAGUAGAGAAUGUUUCACUGUAUCAAAGAAAUCACAUUGGUUGAUUAAAACAGCAGUUCUAUUAUAUUAUGUUCACGAAUGCCGCAAUCGAUGAUUUCAAUUGUCUGGGAGGGAGAUAUUAUCCGGAUUGGGUAUUUCCGAGGGGGAAUCGAUACGUCCUCAGAGCGUGAAUAACUCAUUUUUGGCUCAACGAUUAGGUAUGGUAGUCAUUUUAUUCGAAUGUUACAAUGUCUACGAGUCAUAUGUUUUACUCAUUGAUCCGAAAAACUUGUUUCAGUAGAUUAAAAAUUGCAUUGAAAAAAUACUAUCGAAAUUACAAAAUGUUGUAAUAUAUAAAAGGGUGUCAGCUCUGAAAAUCUCAGGAACGAAUGACUUUCGCGCUAAAGUCCCUUGAAAAAUAUUAGCAGAACCAAGAUUUCUCGUUUGAUGUUCCUAGAGUGAACACCGUUUGCUAGCGAGCGUCAAGCGGAAAUUAACUGUCUUUCUGAAGACAUGGAAAGAAGUUGGAGUUGAGUUUUGAGGAGGAGGAGCUAGAGGCGAAAGAACUGAAAAUGCCAUCGGUGAAAACUUUUAAGCUCUCCAAAAUAAUCAUUGGCCGUUAGAACAUCUUAUACUCCCAAGUCAUUGUUUGAACAUUCCAAAUAAAAAUUGGGGGUGAGCUGUAUCUGUGGUAUAAAGGCAAGAUCCUACGUCAACCUCCAUCCGCUUUCAACCGCUGGCUUAAGGAGUAUAUCGAGAAGUAGUCUUAAACAUUCAAACAUCAAAAUAAAACUUAAAACGUUCAGAAAGUGUUUACAAAAGUGAAUUUCAUUAAAUAAUCUUCUUCUUCUUCUUCAAUGGCACUAACGUUCCUAGAGGAACUUCGUCGUCUCAACGUAGUAUUACUUGCGUCAUUUUUUAUUAGUACUUAGUUGAGAUUUCUAUGCCAAAUAACACGCCUUGAAUGCAUUCUGAGUGGCAACCUCUAGAAUACGCGUGAUCACAGUGCAAGUCGGAGGAAAUUUCUUUGACGAAAAAUUCCCCCGACCAGAACGGGAAUCGAACCCGAACACCCGGCAUGUUAGUUAUGACGCUAACCACUCGGCCACGGGAGCACAAUUUCAUUAAAUAAUAUUAAGUUUAAAUAGGAAUGAAAUAAAAAAAAACUCAAGCUUAUUGUUGAUUUCUGAAAAAUGAUCGAACCUUAGAUUUAACUCCACUCAUCAAAUUCUGCACAGUAGUCUUUGUGCACUUUCUGGACGCUGCAGACCAAUUCUUCUUGAACUAUGACAUAUUUUUAGGCACUGUGGGUUGAGGUUUUAUGCGACGAACAUGAACGAACGAACAUUGUUUUCCGUAAGCCAUUGUAGAGUGGAUUUGGCAUAAUGUGCCGAUGUCAAAUCCGGCCAGAAUAGAGGAGCAACCUCGUGCUUUCUAGAAAGUGGAAGAAAUCUCUUCUUCAAGCAUUCUUCCACAUACAUUUGAGCAUUUAUGGUCCAUUUUGUGAAAAAAGUUGAAAUGCAUGCAUCAACCGCUGAACAAACAUGACUGAUUGAAUUUUUAAGUAGGUGCCUGUAUUUAAAGAUUUUUAUGACUUCAAUAGUUUGUUUUCAAAGCCCUUUCCGGGCUACGGAAACAUGUUUUGGGUCGAUAAGUCACAAACAUCACUCGUAGACCUUUUAUCAUUCGAAUGAAGUACUUCUCAAACAUAAUGCUAUCGUUUUCAAAAUGAUGUUCCCACGUCAAAAAAGAAAAUCGUAUUAUGAGUCGCACAAUCCUUUCCUGACGCAUAUUCAAAGCCCAUGCAAAUCAGCUGAACUAACGUCGUUUCCAUACGAUAUCCAUCGUGGUACAGGAACAUCAUUCACUUCUAAUCUUUCUUUUCUUUCUUUUUUCUAAUCAAUCAGAUUAUAGGCACGUAAGCCCAAAAAAUAUCGAAUAGUCAUAUUUUUGACAUAGGACUACAUCUUACAUUAAGGGUGCCACAUCAGAAAACAGGUCACGUUUUUAUGAAUAAAGCUAACGUUAAUAACUAUUUUUGCUGCAAACGGAUUUUAUCCAUUUACAUACCAAUCGAAUCGUAAGUUUUCUAAGAUUUGUUUGAUAUGCUAUACAUUAAAAUCCCAUAGUCUGUAUAUGGUUUGAAUUGAUGAAAAUUGGAAGCAUUCCCAUUUCCCCAUACAUUUGUUCUGUUCAUUUGUGUGCUUUCCCGAACAGAGCUGUCAAUAACGGGCAACUUAUGUAGCCGCUAGAAUAGAAACAACGAAGGGGAAAAGCGAAAAGAGAAUAUUUGCGAAGCAAACUCCACCCUUGCAUAGUAAGUAAGCUGUCGCUAGCGUAUAAGUAUUGCAUCUCCUCUGAGGAAAAUUCUCAGAAUCUUUCUGUGCCCGAAACAACCAAGGUCGUUUAUUCUGCUCGUUUUGUGUUUUAUGUUUUCCUUCGAGCUGUGAACGCUAGCUAACAUUUCACAUUUCACUGCAUUUUCAUAAACGUUCUCGCGAUGUUUCAUUUUUAUCGCUGCAACUGUGUGCAUCUGUAAGACACGUGUUUGAUGCUUGUUGAAUGGCGAUGCACAGAAGAUGACUCUCGUUAAAUACACAGUGCAAUGCGUGCGUUGAUAUAAAGAAACAAGUUGCGACAUAUGACCAAUUAGUCUAUUGUUCUCGCAAAGGCAAGAAAGAGUCGUUGCUUCUUGAAAUUAUUGUACAAAACCACGCAAGCCAUUAACCUUUUCAGGGUCUCCGCAUCUUUUUACUAAAAAGUUAUUUAUGAAAUUCCGACCAAUUCGAAAAAAAUAUCCGAAAUGAUAAACCAAUAAUUUAAAAAUAAAAGAUUGCGUAGUCCUACGUCCUAAGCGGUCGUGUCUCGGAUACAAACCCUCCAUUUUUUUUAAAUAAUUAUAUUGAGUGAAUAAAAUCGACAAUGAAACCAAUGAAUCAAACAUUCUUAGAUGCACCAGCUUUGUUCUCCACAACGAAAAAAUGUUUACAUGCUGAAAAAACGGCAAAGUCAUUUUCAACUGAGGAUAGUCAGAGGACUAUGAAGAAAUUCUCCUUCGUAUUCAAUUGGAAAUGAGUUUUGGCUUCCUCCAGCAGUUUCUCUGUCAAGUCAUGAACAGUCAUUCGGCCAUUUAGUUGCUAUCUCACUCUACGACUCGACUAUUACAUUUCAUUCUUCCCCCUCGAAUGAACUUCAAUGCAAAUUGAAGUGAUUCCCCCCAAAAUGAAUGUGUUUCCCUGUCUCACGUAUGCAUGCAUCGAUGUUUGAGUGGUUUGACAUAUACUACAGGGGAGCUAGAUUUUUGACCUAGAACUACGUCUUUCAGGAAGGGUGCCAAAUCAGAAAACAGGUCACGUUUUUAUGAAAUAGAGUUAACGUUAAUAACUAUUUUCACUGUAAACGAAUUCUCAUGAUUUGCAUACCAAUCGAAUCGGAAAUUCUCUAAGAUUUGUUUGAAAUGCUAUACAUUACAAUUUCCUAAUCUCUAAACGGUUUAAAUUCAUGAAAACUGGAAGAGUUUCCUUUUGUUCUGCCGAUUUGUGUGCUAACCCUACCCGUAUUUCGAAUGCUUAUAACUCGAAUAUUUCUUAACAGAUCGGAAGGAUGUUUGCAUCAAUUGAUAGGAAAUAUUUCUACGCGUCUAUCACAAUAGGUGAGAUAUUAUUUUGACGUAGGACUACGUCUUUCAUUUCUAUACCGGGGUGUAAAAUCAAAGUUUCGAAAACGAAAGCGUUACGCCGGAGACCGAGAUUUUGAGUGUUAAUAGCUCCUAAACAACUGAACGAAAUGGUAUGAUAAACACUUCAUUCGAAAGAUAAAAUGUCUACGCGUUCUAUACUUGUUACUUUCUGAUCCAAAAACUUGUUUCAAUAGUCUUAAAUUUGCUUUCAAAAUAGGCUAUUGAAAUAACCAAUCGGUAUAUAAGCGAGCGCCGCUCGGAAAUCCACUCAGUUCUAAUUGAACAGCGAUUGGAGCAUGUUGUCGCUGUUGUGGUGAAGCUCUUCAUUUAUCAUGAAAGCGCGGAUGAACGGUGUCACCAAGCGCCUGUUUGUGCACCUUAGGCCAGAAGGGAAUCCAUCAGGAGGAGAGUGAUGCUACAAACGGUUCCCCGGGAAGAUCUCGAAGCAGCCGCUACACACACACACACACAUACACGCACGGAAUUCUUUCCGUUUGGAUCGAGAAAGAUCCGGAAAAUAAUCUGCCAGUUCCUCUAGGAAUUUAAAAAUACAUUCAUGUGAAAGAGUUUAUUUGAAUGUUUUCUAUCCAUGUAACACUGUGACCAAAUAUGUUUCAAUCAAGUGCUAUUAACAGAUGGUUAUCGAGUUAGCAUUAACCACUGGUGGGCUUCCAGUAUCGAGGAAAAUGUGGAAAUAUCUAAUCGUUACUGGAAAUAAUCUGCCAGUUCCUCUGGGAAUUUAAAAUUACAUUCAUAUGAAAGAGUUUAUUUUAAUGUUUUCUAUCCAUGUAACACUGUGACCAAAUACAUUAGGUUUUGUGAUUUUUCAAUCAAUCGCAAUCAACAGGAUAGCUUCUGAAGAUUAUUCUUCCCCAUCAGUAGGAUAUUUCCGUAUCCAAUAUUGGAUGCAUAAAACCUUGUGCCUCCAACGUAACGCUCUCGUUUUCGAAGUUCUCCAAAUAUUCAUUCAUUCAGAAUGAAUUCAGAUUCAACUUCAUACAAAUGAUCUCUAAAUCAACGAUAGUCCUACGUCACCCUUGCGGUUAUACCAUAGAUAUAACCCACUUCCUGUUUUUCAUGAGAUGAACAAUUGAAUAACUGUAAAAUGUCAAGCGUUAUCUAAACGUCCUAACUGCCAAAUUUUGAUUUGCCCGAUUUACGGUUUCCCCAACACAGACUUCAAAAUCGAUGUACCUGUGGAAAUCCGCUCUGCAAAUAUACAUGCAAGUCGGGAGUAUUUUUGUUCCCACCGAGCUAUGUUUCCCUAACACGGAUUUCAAAAUCAAUGUCCCUGGGGGAAUCUGCUUUGUCAACAUAUAGUAUAGGGUAGUAAAUCUUUCUCAUCUGUACUUUUUCUUCAAAAAAUCUUGGGUUUCAUACUGAAUUUACAGAUGUUUCUAAAACAACGUUCCAAUAAUAGUUAGGGAUUGAUGUUAAUAGUAUUUUCCCCCCAUCUCACCUAUUCUAUUAAUAUAGCCUUCGAAUCUGUUCAAAUGAGAAUCAUCUGAAGCAUCUGAAGAUAUCUACUCAUCUCGAGCAUCUGUUGAAGCUGUAGAAACAGAAGUUUCAGCACCAUCUGUUUAAUCAUCAAAUGGUUGAACGACGAAAGUUUGAUUACAAAAUAGGAAUUUAAAUAAAAAAACCCGAAUAAUUUAUUUAGAAUGAUAAAUUAUAUCGAAACCUUUCUGUAUCCUGAGUGUAAAUUUCAUAGUAUAUUUAUGUCUCCUUUUCAAGCGCUGACAGGUCCUGACAGGUGACAGGGUUUUGGAGCAGUUGCCUUAUUAUGCUACCUUUUAAUUCAUUAUAACCAUUAUAUUUUGGUGUGUACCUGAAAAAUAGUAUAAUGGGGCUGUUUACGUUACGCAAUGUAAACAAGCAUGUCCUGGCAACUGAAUAAACUUCCAUCACACCUCAAUAAAGCAUUAUAUUUUUGCUACAGUGUAUAUGUCUGCCCGCUUUACGUGGAUAUCACCAAAAUCGUCUAAUCAAUAAUAACUAUGUCAAUCAAUGAUACUAAAAAGUGUCCCACAUCAAAAAUUGCAUCACGGAAAAAGCGCUUUAGGAAAUUACCUAGUUGAUCGAUUCUUUUCAAACUUUCAGACAAUAAAAUAUAACCCAUCAGUUAGCUUUUGGCAUAUUGAUUUCAUUCAACUUGAAUACCAUUACCGUAUGCUUACACCUUACGCUUAGCUCCACUUAUGAGGUUCGGUACAACACCUGGCUGCAGCUUCUUCUGUAUGGAAACCCACUUUUUCUUCAUGUCUUCCUCAGAUUUGACUUCCAUGGGAUGCUUCAGGAAUGCCUUGGGAACGAAAGUGACCCCGUUGGCUUCGUACCACUCCAAGACAUCCUUUGAAUAGUGGCACGAAACUAAAUCCAGUCAGAAUCGUCGAGAUCGCUUGCCAAAUCAUGUAUUUCUUGGCAACUUUGAAUGGUUCUGCUUCGUUACUUCCUCCCGAACAUCAAACAUCUGAACAGUAGAACACGAGAAGAACAGCAGCUUCGUCAGUAACCGUUUAUGCAGUUUCCGGGCCCGUGACUUUCCCACCGUAUUUUUCCGUUCGUUACGAUUUGCAGGCUUCUGCUUUUUGUAUGUAUGUAGUCCCUCCCGGUCCUCGGCUCUCUGAACGAAAGAUAUGGACAGAUCCACCUUUUUGGCCACAUCCCUGACCGAACCAUCGGGAUUCCACUAAAACGCUUUCACGACACGCUUUUGAUCCUGAUCACUAAGAGAAAAUCAAUUCUAACCACAUUUUUCUUUCCGUCCGAUGUUUCAGGGUUCCGUAUUAACAUUUAAUCAUACGACUCACGACUCACUGUCCCAAUGAGAGAGUUGAGGAUUUUCCUGGUGCUUGUGGAAAAUCAAUUCGCUUUUCAGGUGACGCCAUUUUGUCAAUUUUUCGAAAAACUGACAGCGAUAAACAAUGUAAACAAUGUGAUCAAUGUAAACAAUGUAGACAAUGUAAACAGUGUAAACAAUACACUCUAAACUUCUUCUACCCAAAUUUUCAGGAGAAAAUACCGAAUGGAUAAUUUCCAGAGAAUAAUCAUAAAAUUACAGAACAUAGAUAACACAUUAUAAAGAGAUUGUAAAGUCCCUGUGAAACCCUCCAAUGUUUCACAGUCUCUUAUGUAUGCUAUACAGAAAAAAGGAGAGUAUGUUCUGUCCAUACACCCUCUUCGCAUUCUCCUUAACGUGUCAGUUUUAGUAGUGUCGUACGCUCUUAUAUUUCUAUUCGCUAUUACGGAGAGUAUUAGAUUGCUCUAACAUCUCAGAUCAUAUCAAUAAAUCAACCAAUGCUUCAGAACAGAUGAAUCACUGUUUUUUUAUCCCAUUUGUUCAUUUAGCUGUAACAGAGCCGACUUUUAAUCGGGUACAUGUCACAUUUUUAUCAUAUCUAUAAAUAGCACAUUACACAGUUGUCAUUAUCGGCGUAAGAGUAUUCCUUCUAUACCAUUGCAUAUGGUACAUUUACACAGUAGCCAUUUAGGCGUUAGACUAUUCCUUCUGUUAUUCCAUUAUCCAGAUAAACCACCGGACAGCGGAGAUGGUUGAUAUGAUCAUUGUUGUGUUAUUAAUAGAACAGAAGCCCGAUGAUUCUCGCAGAGCAGAGGAGUUGUAUGGAUGAAUCGAUCUUCAUUCGACCGUGGAUCGAUCUCCAUCGCCGAUGAGUGUUGCGUGGGCGUAGUUAUUCUGUAACAACACAAAGAUGAUAAAAUGAGGGCCCUGAGUUUUGAACUCACGAUCGAACGCUUACUAACCGAAUGCGCAACCAAUGUGGCUACGAAGGCGCCCGAAUCACUUGUUAUUUAUUAUUGCCAGUGCCACAAAGAAUUAAUUUUAUAUCUAUGUACUGCUUUCAUAAUACCAAUCCUAUCUCCCACAGCCACCACUUCGCAUCACGUCUGCUAUGUCCCCGGUCUAAGUCGAGCCGACGUUUUAUGCCUUUAACACUUUCGUCGCCCAGGGCGAUUCGGUCGAGUUUCUUGCGGGGCCCAAAUUCAACUCUCGAUGCGCUAGGAAAAUAAGCGGGCAGCGAUAAGAAUGAAUUGGGGUUUGAUUCAGGACUACUUUUCUGUUGAAUCCGAAUGAAAUCAAAUGACUGCUGAAAAACUUUUAAAAAUAAUUUUUCAGUCAAUUAUACAAUGUUGCCAAUGAUAAUAAAAAAUGAAAUUCAACCGAACGUACUUGCUCUAUAUACUAUAUGCGAGGACGAUAAAUAACUACAAUUAUAUUGGAAAAUAUGGAAUAAUCUGUUCAAUCGAAACAUAUGUCACAUUUGUGGGAAAAUAAUCGUCAUAAACUAUAUCACAUUUGGCAACUCAGAUUUCAGACAUCGUUGUUUGCGCUUGGUAGUUAAAAAGCUAAAAGAAUAAGUAUGUUCUACUAGUCAAGCUCUUACAUUUGAUACCCAUAUUGAUGGGGUUUUGAUAACAUAUGUAGACCGCCAUUUUCUAGCGGAUGCCAUCUUGGAUAUUCAAGAUAAUGGAAUACGCAGUUUUAUAACGACAACAGAGAUAAAGGCGUGCUCCAAAUUUCAGAUCAAUCGGUCAACAGGAAGGAGGUUAAAUUUCUAUUGAUCUGUGGACAACCUUACAGAUAAACAUACAAACAUAUUUACAAUAGGUAAUGCUAAAUAAAACCGUUUAAAAGUUUAAUAUAAAAACUAUAUUUUUAUGUUUUUGAUUUUUUGAUUAUUUUACAUAACCCAUAUUUACAUUUUAGUGCCUAUUCUAUCAAAUUCCGUUGAAAAAUCCUGGGAAAUCCGUGUAUUUCCUGGGAGGCCGGGGCGAUCAAAGUGUUAAGAGCGUAGGAUGUAAACAUUUCCGUUAUAACUUGCAACCAGAUCUGUCACAUCCCAAGAAAAUCUCACCAUGUAUAAUAAUCUUUUUGAUGAGUUCACGUGUAUUCCGAUUGGUUUGUGCUCAGUUUCAUUUCACUCUCCAUUGCUAAAUAACCCAUAUGGUCCGUUCCCCGAACAGCUUCGGAAUCUGCUCAGAGCUCAGAGUCGAUAUUGCCACCUUCAGUCAUGCCAAAUAACAGUAAAAAUAGCUCAAAUGAGUAAAUUCGAGCGAAAUUUUAUUUCGCUGUUCACGCACACUGGCAAACCGCGUUGGUAGUUGCACAGUGUCGACGUCUGGUGGCGACUUCGGCUAAGUUCGACUAAGUUCGGAAGGCGAAUAGCGUCACUAUAGAUUGUCACUUAGGUAAUAUUUGAAGUCGUGUCUUCAUAUGUUAUCGACUCGGGUAUUAAAUAUGAGCUGAAAAGUAUAGUGGCGUCCACAGUAAAGCUAGAAACUUUGCUAUCCCACGUCAUUCGCCGCGCGGAUUAGAGGGAAAUAUAAAACCAUCAACAAACACAAUUUUUAUUUAAUAUUAAUAUUAUAUUAUUAAAUUCGCAAAGAAGGCUAUUAAUCUAUUAUAUGAAAAACAUAUUUGAUACAGAAACAUCAAAUCCGAGUUACUAACCUUAAACUAAUCUUGAAAAAACGAGAAAAUUGAUUUUGGAGAGCUCCACUUCUCUUUUGUUUCUUUCGACAUUUUUGAUUUUAAGUUAGGAAAAAUGUCAGAAUGAAAUUCCAUGAAUGUUCUUCAAAGUGUUAUUACAAUUAACGGAAAACCUUCCACUCUUGCUCAGCCACUAUAUUUUGAUUUCUAAAUACGCUAGAUUUCUCCGAAUGCGCAAGGGUCACAAUAUGUAAACAAUAAGCUCGCAUUAAACUUCGUGUAUUUCUUGAUUAACAUAUGCAAACAAACAAACAAAACCAGAUACACAACCAUCGAAACUCGCAACGUGGCUUUUUAAUUAUGUAGCACUCAAAUGACAUAGCACAGAGCAAAAUGACAGAACUGAACCGGCACCUACUUCUCACUCAAAUGCAUUGCGAAUGCCAUCGAAAGCUGGAAUAAACACGAGAGAAGCACGCUUAAGCGAAACUACAAACACACACACACACACACAGACUUACACAUGAAGCAGCAGCGACUGCAAAACUAAAACUCAGCAAAUUUUAAAUGGACAGAUUUUGUUGACGCUUUUCUCUAUGCCAAAACACAUUCGAUACAAAAUUGAACAAACGCGAACACAUACAUACACACAGCCUGAAAGAGGUUCGGCGAAAAGAGACAAACAAGAAAAUUAAAAUUCUGUGAUUUCCGCAUUACAAAAAAAAAUGAAUAUACCGAGAUGUCAAACUCUGAAUCUGCUGUCGAAUACGGUGAAUGAAAAAAAUUAGAAAUACGUGAGAAAAAAAGAAGAAUAUUCCAGUGCCAGGUAUUUUGAACAAAACAGUUUAAACUGCAGAGUAUGAGAAAAAAAAAAAUUACUAUUGGAUGGAAGAAAAUUGCAAGCAGCGAUAAUGGAUGUGUAGAUAGAGAAAAGUGUUUAUCAUAAGGAGGAAAGUACGGCAAGUGAAACGUCUGAUGAGUACAGAUGGCGAUUGAGUGAGAACAGAUUUAAGAAAACAAAAUGAAAAAAAAAAUCAAGAAUGGGAUGCAGGAAAAAAAAUUAAUGAAAAUGAUGUAUAUUUUAACUCAUUAUGUGUAUAAAA